AUGUCUGGUCUAAAUCAUGUACAAAGAGUUCGUUUAUUGUAUAAAACUAUUUUAAGGCUACACCGAGGCUUACCAAAUGAAUUACAAGAACUAGGUCAAGCAUAUGUUCGUGAUGAAUUUCGUAGACAUAAAAACUGUAAUCCUAAAGAAACUCAAAUAUUCAUGAUGGAAUGGAGUAAAUACACAUUGACACUGUCAGAGCAGCUUUUAAAGAACGCAAAAUCAAAUAUUGGUUUUGGUAAAAAUAUUGAUAAAGAUGAUGGUGUAUUAGACUCUUUCACAGAUGAUCAAAUUGUACAACUUUAUAAUUUAUUCAAGGAAACAACUGGAAUCAAGGACAAAACUAUUGAAUCUGAGCUUUCAAAAUAA